AUGCCCAACGAAAACACCGCGAUACCCGUUUACCUCAAAGACCGUAAUUUCGUCGAAUACGAACAGCGGUUACGACCGAAUACGUUGAUCGGCGUAAUGGCGGCCGAUCCGACCGACACCGGGUUCAAUUCGAAAAAACGCAAAGGACAUAAAGGUACUCUAUACAAACGAACGGAUUUUAUGAAUUCGGUUUAUUUUCAGUGGCGUAAAUUGGAUGGUGUACAUUUGCAAGGUUAUAUUUUCGCACUAGCGGAAAAUCACAAGAAAAUUGUAUAGGUAAUACCUAUGAUUUCUAUUCUAUUUAUUAUUUGCGUCUCAAUCCCAGCGCAACGAGUUAUUAACAGUUUGAUUAGGUACCAACAUAAUAUUAUGAUACUAUUAAUAUUCGGAUGGUCGGGUAUCUACAUGCACUCUACAGAUAUAGAUAAUAAUAUACGUAUGUUGACAUAGUACUCAUCUGCACUCUCUUCAAAUAAUCUUGAUUCGUAAUUGUAAUUGUAUAUUGUUAUCGAGGUUAUACUGCCAAAAUAGUGCGUUUUCAGCUAUCUCUGUUCAUUUAUUUUUCAGAUUGCAUAUUGUCUUAAAUUUUUAGACAAUUCGAUUUCACGUUCUCGCGACUGUUUAGUGUUUCUUGUUUUAAGCUGCACUGCUUCAAAUUUUAAUUUGUAUGCCUGUUAGUUCUUUCUCUCUCAAAAUGAGUAAACCAAUAAAAAGGAGAACGAUUAAAGAUUUUUUUUUUUAAAACAAAUUUAUUAAUAAUAAUUGUAUAGCUGAUUGUUCAAAAUAUUAAAUAAUUGUCAACAAUUUAAUCAUUACCAUUUAACAUUUGAAUACAAUCUUAGGUGUUAUACUCAAUUAAGGCUUGACUAGUGUGACCAGACCCGAUUUAGGCAGGAUGGUAUCGAUUUUUUAAUGGGCGUUAGUUUUUAAGUCUAGCCAUUACGAUAAAAUGUACCGAUUUUCAUUAAACGUCCCACUUUUGUCUUGAUGUCAUAAUUUUAAUGUAAUAUUUUAUAUGAACCCAACUACUAUGAAAACGUCCAAUAAUAUUAGAUUAUCUGCAUUUACUGCACGUAUGACCAAAGAGCAGAUUUACAAAGAAAGUUGGAGUAUCGGUAAGUUAAUGAUAACAAAUUUGAAUGUUUCUUUGUACCACCAGAGAUUGAGGGCAAUUUACGCCACUGUUUAUUUUGUUCGACUUUUAGAUAAAGUCUUUUAGGCACUUUUAGACGUUUACACAAUGUACAUAUUAAAAAUAUUAUUACAAUAGUCGUGUUGUAGAUCAAGGAUCAAUUUCAUAUGAAAUUAUGUAUAAUUAUAUUUGAAAUGUAUAUGAAAUUGCGUAAAAAACAAAAUAAAAUCAUGUUCUAUGUGGCAGAUUUUGAAAUAAAAGAUGACCGCGGUAUGCCGGUAAACUACGUGCGAAUAAAAGAGCUAGAAGAAAAUAUACGGAAGGAGAUAAUUAGCGACAAAAAUUCGUUACACAGAUCCAUCACCCCCGUGAUGAUGUUGGCGCAUUUUUUCGCACUAAUACCAGUGCAGGGCAUCAACGGACAAAACACUAGUAGUUUGGU